UAUUUGUUACCGAUAAUUGUUUCUGAAACAAAGUCGAACUGACCUAAGUUUCUUCCAUUUUUCUGCGAGUCCUUUUUUCUCAAUCCAAAUCUUCCCUUUGGGAUUCCAUCACUGACACCACGGAAACACCAGCGGAAAGAACAGCACCACCACACCUAUGUCCGCUCAUGAUUUCCAUCUCCACCCAAAAUAGAGACGAACUGAAAUAUGGCUAGGGUUUAGUUAUUUUGGGGAUUUAGUUGAGACCAAGAUUAUUUUCACUUGCCUUAAUUUUCAAACCACUUCCAUGGUCGAAUGGAUCCUUUUUCCCCUUCAGGUUCACAAAAUUGUCGACAAGUUUUUCUGAUUUUCAUUGAUUUUUAUUAUUUUAAAUUCCCAUUUUUCCAUCGUCCCCAAAUCGACUCAAUAUAAACCCAAGGAAAGAAUGGAAACGGAAGUACAGCAUGAUCAAUACUCAGCACGGAUUGCAACUAAUUGGAAGCUUACAUUUCAAACUAAUUUUGUUGGUGAUGGGUCUAAAAGCUCGAAAGCUGAUUACUCGGGAAGGUACCGCCUCUGCAAGCAGUAUCAUCGUGGACAACAGAAUUAUAAAGCAGAGUUUGGAAGACAGUGGAAGCAUGAAUCGGUUUUCCAGAUUCUGAAGACCUAUAAACCCGACUACAACCCAUCGGUGAAUAAUGAUGAUGGAGAUGGUACUUCCACUCAACCUACUCAACAGACUCAAGCUACGCAAGACAAUGAAGCUGAUACUAUGUAUGAAGAUUUUGAAAAUAUGGCAAGGUUUGGUAGAUCAUCAUCUACUCAUAAUUCUGAAACCUCAGACAUAUCUCUUAGAAGACGUUAUUUUGAACAAACAGAUGACGUUAGAAGUGCAGGGAGAGAUCAAGCAAAGAAAAGGGCUUGUGAGGCUAAAGCAUCGCAGAAAGCAGAUGGAAAAAUGGAUAAACUCAUCGAACUUUUUGAAAACGCACAAGCACAAAGGGUUUCCAAGUAUGAAACUUAGGAAGAGUACAUGAAGAAGAACAUGGAAAGCUCUUCAAUCCUGGUACAAACACACAAAGAGAAUCGGACAUGAAGAUCCUACGCCAAAACUUGAAUGAAUUAGAGGAUUCGGAGAAACCCGUCUACAAAAUAUCGAAGAACGAGAUUUUGGCCCGUCAUGGAUUUCCACUUAUUCCAUAAAUUAAAGUGAUAUAUUAGUAAUAAUUUAAGUUAUUUAG